UGCUUAUUUUAGAUCAUAGGGUGAUCAAGAGGGUGAACGGAUAACGGAGUAUUGGUAUAUUUUAUCAGUUUUAGAUUUUAUUAAUAAUUUGAAAACAAGAAACACCAAAAUGUUCUCGAUUUUACGGAAAUUACAAGAUAUUGAUCCUGGUUGAUGAACACGUAGAACAUUGUUUUAGUAUGGAUUCACACGAACAGCAGUUGAAAAAUGCGAGAUAUAGAGACUGGGUGAAGGCGGGUCUUGCUUUAAAAUAUCUUAAAGAUGGAAUACAGGAAUUCGUAGAUGAUGAGGUCAAAGCUCAAUGGAGGAACAUAUUAGAGGAGGUCCGGAAGGAACUUAGACGGCCUGACGCCACCUGUAAUCAAUGUUCCAUUGAUAUAUUACUUCCAGCUCAUAAACGUGGCACUUGCGGACAGGGAAAUCGAUGCUUUUGUCGUUACGACCCGCAACAUAGGCGAAGACCCUGUCCGAAUGAUGUCUGUGGAACAAUAUUUGAUAAAAUCGCCCAGCAACACAUGAAUGGUAGACCGUCCUGGGGAAACACGGACUCUACAAAAUGGUGCACGAGUCACUGGGAGAUUGCAAAGAGUUUCAUAGAUGGUGGAGGAUAUGUGGAAAAUGUUAGCGCCGCCGACACCGACUGCAAGGGUCUGUUGAGUAUUGUAACAAACAACAUGUUUAUACAAAAAAGUGUUGAUACACCGAUUGACAAAUUCGAACCGAAAACCGACGUUUUCUCUAAGAGUAGGGAGGCUAGGAAUGAGAUUCUUCACCUUGCAUCGCUCGAGCUCCCAGCCGGAAAACUAAACAGCUAUGUCGAUGUUAUGAUACAGUUGCUCGGAGACGGAGGAAAACUACACACACGCCAAAAUGCAAAACAAGCAAUAUCUAAACUCAGACAACUGAAGAAAACAGAUUUAAUCAUAAGUACUGAAGACGAAUGGGAAAUUCGUGAAUCAGCGUUGAAAGCGGUUCAGGAGAAGAGACAAGAAGCGCUUGAUGAACUGGAUGAGAAACAAAAAGAAAUUCUAGAGAAACUCCAAAUUGAACAACUUAAAGAAGCACUAGACAAACUGUCGAAAACAUCCUCAGAAACGACACAGUCUUUGUCAAAUAGACAAGAGAUCUUAGAACAGAGACAGACACUGUUAGAAAGUACCAUGACACAGAUGCAGGAGUUACAGUCUAAUACAGCAAAGAAAAUAAUAGAUUUCCAACAGAAGUUGUCAAAUUUGAAAACGAAACUAACGUCAUCAGAUGAAGUGACGUUGCUUCACAAGAAGAGGCUUACCUACCUUAAACACAAGAAAGAUUUGAAAAACGAGUUAUGCAGUUUGUAUUCGAAACACUUGUCAACAAUACCAAUAUCUCCGUUACUGAAGCAACUUGACGCAAGAGUGGAUGACUUUUAUAUGGAAUUAAACGUCUGUGAUCAGCUGGUACAUGAACAGGGAAGAAAAGGAACCACCGAACAGGGCUAUAAUAAUAUUGUUUCAAACUAUCGUGCUAUUUUUUACAAAGAAAACAAAAGAGUUGAGAACAUUUUUGUUUUAGGAGACGCAGGUGUAGGAAAAUCAACGUGGUGUUUGAAACUGAUAUAUUCGUGGAUUAAUGGCAUAAAGAAACAAGAAAGUGGAUCGCAAACAAAAUUAAACGCAGACGAAAAAAUGAUUCACGAGUUUGAUAUUGUGUUGUUUAUUUCUUUAAGACAUGCAUCAAAGGAAGUAGACAUUGCUGAAAUGAUUCGAAACCAGAUAUUUCCCCAGACACCUAAUUUAUUUGAAUACGCACAGGAAAUUUUAAAGGAAGAGCCCGAAAAGUGUUUAGUUGUUAUUGAUGGUCUUGAUGAAUGGAAUGCUCCGGAAUCUUCAUUGUCGUCACCUCUCGGUCAGGACCCUUCAUUUCCAGGCCGGAAAGACAUGAACCACUGUACUGUUCUCACCACUACUAGACCGUGGAAGUUGGAUGACAUCAGGCCAAGUCAUGCAACUAUUGAUCGAGCCAUUAUUAUAAAAGGAAUCAAAAGUACUGGAAACGUUGGUGAUUUGGCGAGAAAAGUUAUUAGCAAGCUCAAUCAAAACGAAUCUCAUCAAACAGACUCAAAUAAGAAAAGUGCGGAAGACUUUGUGCUGGAAGUAAAAAGCCGCUUCCAUGUAGAAUCUGGUCUUCCAGAUUUGAUGAAAAUUCCUCUUAUUGCGAUAUUUAUGGUUCUUAAAUGGUUUAAAGAUGGUUCGUUGGAAAGUACCAUGGCUGGUAACUAUUCCUCUUUGUUGGAAAAUAUUCUAGACCACGAGGAAGGGUAUCGAAAUAUAAUACCAAAAUAUGGACAGAAACGAAAAUAUGAUGGAAGGCUCUCCGGUGUGCCAUAUCUAGAACAAGUCAAGAUUGAAUGGUCAAAGGAAGCCGAUAUGCUUCCGGAAUGUUUAAAGAAACGACCAAUUUCCUUACAGUACAGCAAACUUAUUCUGAAGCUUGGUAAAAUUGCAUUUGAAGGACUCUUUGAAAAUAAAAUAAAUACAGUGGUUUUCAGUGAGGAUGCUCUACUAAGCAAACUUACUCCGGAAGAAUUGGAAGUGUCGGUAAAAUCUGGUGUAUUAUUAAAGACAAAUGUCAUUGGUAGUAUUUCAUUAGAAACGUCUAAACUUUCGUUUUUGCAUAAAACUCUGCAGGAGUAUCUGGCUGCCAUUUAUCUGGCUGCAUAUAAUGACAACGAAGUUAAUCCAUUUCAAAUAUUUGAAAAAUACUGUGAAACGUAUAACAGAAUCGAUGAAGCGGAAAAUGUGAUAUUGUUUGCCUGUGGAGUAGACACCAGACUUGCCAUUGACAUGUUGAAACAUGUUGCCAACUUUGAGCAUAGUAGGAUGUGCUUCAAUACAAAUCGGCAAUUUUCUUUCUUAUUUCGUUUGAAAUGCUUGAGAGAGUUCAGAAAUGUAAAAUCUGGGACUCUCGUGCCAAGUGUGCCAUUGAACGUAAUCGACUUUGUAGACCCGCCUGAUUUUGAAGAUUGUCUCGAUUUGUUAAAGACAAAUACAAACAGGGUAAGAUGUAUUACGAUGCACUUGAAUCGUCUCUCAGCAACAGAAAAGACCAGGUUGCUGGAUUGUUUUUCUGCCGGAAAAUAUGAUUUUUCUAACUUAACGACACUAGAUAUGCAGUUAAGUACUGCUGCACAAAAACUAAUACACGUAUGGCCAUGAGUCUUUGCAAUCUGAAAAAACUAGACAUAACUUCUGUCAGCUGCAAAUGUUCAGAAGGUUCCAAGGACCACAAACUUGGAUAUGUACUGUUCGAUUUUUCAGAGUGUAUAAACUUGGAAAAAGUCUAUGUACAUAAAUUUGUGUCUUGUAUAAUGGUUUUCACAGAUUAUAAAUUGAAAGAUAUGAAACUUGAAGAUAUGAGCUUAUGUGUAAUACACAUACAUUCAUUUAACGAAAGGAUUCUUUGGCAGGGAGAAAAAUAUGUUUCAGAAGAAAUUGACUGUGUUAACCUGGAAAAUUCUUCUUUCAUACUGAGCUCUACUAAUUUCACGUUGAAGUCUUUGAAUGUCAAAAAAUGCCAUAUGUUCAACGCGUAUCUCGUUGACAUCUGCCAUAAUGGACAAGUCACUAAAAUGCUUAGUAAUCAGUCAUCAGAUGUUGCGUCUUUAGUUUGUAAGAAAAAUACACAAUGUAAAAUCGAGGUUUGUGCCGGCAUUGUAAUUCAAAGUGUAUGUUUGCUCAAUAUAGAUAUGAUUCCAAAUAUACCAUGGGGGAAAGUACAGUGUAUAAUAUUAAAUCAAGCAAAGGAUUUAAAAAACGAAGGCUUGUAUUAUGAUAUUUUAACUAAAUUAAAUUAUUCAGAGAGCCUCAUAUCUUUACACUGUAUUGGAUUUACUACAAAAGUAUUUUUAAAACUUCUGAAUAUAAUAGAAACAACGAAUUUUCUUCAGACUCUCGAAAUUACAGACUUUAAAGAACCACUGAAAAAUCUUAACAUUAAGCCAAAUAUUCAUGGAAUAAAGCAUUUAAAAAUUCACGGUUUGAAUAAACAGUUUUUAGAGAACUGUAGCACAAAAACGUCAAAUCUAUGCAACACUGAAACUCUAGAACUGUCUUCAAAUGCCUAUCAGGCUCGGUUCACGGAUGUUAUCUAUCACCCAGUGGAAUAUAAGGAAGAAAACGAUAAGGACGCAAAGGAUCUAGAAAACGAAUUUUCAGAUGCAAGAGUAAACGGUAUCGUUAAAGUGAUGGAGAAAUUAUGUUGUGCAAAUGUGUUACCUAGUGCUGUGUUUUUUUCAAUGCGAUCAAUGGUUAAUCUUAGAUGCUUGAAAUGUCAGGGCUUUACAGAAGAAAACUUCACCUUGGCAGGAGAAUGCUUCACAGAACUUCCUCAUCUUCAGGAGCUUGGACUAUCAUGUUUCAUCUGGCAAAUUCUAGAAAACCAGUCAUUGUUCUUAUGCUUAAGAAGGAUUAAAAAGUUAAAAACCA